AUGGCGGAACCAGGCAGCAAUGAAGAAUUGCAGCUGAUAGGAAACAUCGACUACGCGGAGAAGAACUACUGCCGGGAUGAGGCGGACAGCGAGCUACGUUCACCUGGGUCGACCACAAAGGAGGAUGCUGGAAUAGUCAUGGGGUCACCGGAAAAACAAAGCAAUCAGGUUUUCUCUGGAAAUCUGGAGCUCGCUGAAGCGUAUGAGCAAGCCAUUGCCGAGGUUGGCUUCGGGAAGUAUCAGAUAGCAUUGUAUUUUGCGAUUGGUUUUGGUUUAAUGGCAGAUGGUGCAGAAAUCUUCAUCGUUGGGUUUAUUAUACCGAGCGCGGAAAGAGACCUCUGUCUGAAUGACUCACAGAAGGGAUGGCUAGGUGGUAUAGUAUUCGUUGGAAUGUUGAUUGGCGCACUGAUAUGGGGCAUGCUAUCUGACAAACUAGGACGACGGAAAUGCCUGAUAACCGCACUUUCAAUCAACGCACUUUUUGCUAUAAUAUCGGCCUUUGUCAGAAAAUACGGCUUCUUUUUGUUCUGUCGACUCGCCUGUGGAAUAGGCAUCGGAGGAUCGAUACCUAUCACAUUUGCAUAUUACUGCGAGUUCGUUGCCAAGCCGAGUCGUGGGGCCAAUGUCACGUGGUUAUUGUUCAUGUGGACGAUGGGCGGAGUGUAUGUAUCACUACUUGGUUGGGGAAUUAUACCUCGGACAGAAAUAAGUUUCUUCAUACCACCGGAUUUUGAGGUCCAUAGCUGGAGGGUAUUUGUUCUUCUUGGAUCGCUGCCAUGUUUGGUUGCCAUAGUGAUGCUGUUUCGUAUGGAGGAAAGUCCAAGAUUCUUGCUCGAGGUAAUAACCCGAUCAACGUUCACGGUCCUCAGCGGCGUGGGGGCGUUCUUUAUCUGGUGGGUUGAUACAGAAGUUAGUGCAGUGGCUCUGUCCUGUGUUAUCCAGUUUAUGAGUCUGGCAAACUGGAGUGCUAUUGAUGUGGCGUCUACUCUACUAUAUCCGACUAGUAAGAGGGCCACUGCGUUUGGAUUACUUUCUGCAUUCUCGCGUAUCGGUGGAGUACUCGGUAACGUCUCCUUCGGCAAUUUCCUCCAUGUCAGCCGAGCCAUACCAGUUUUAUUGUCAGCCGCCGUGUUCGGUAUUGGUGGCAUUCUGUCGUUAAAGUUACCAGACACCAGGAAAUCACUACUGGUUUGA